ACCGGCUAAUUGUGUUGAUUGAAGUAAAAAUACCUAAAUAGCAUUACUGCGCUUAUUCCCCUCAUAGCUCCUAUAUUUAUUAUCUCUAUCAAAAACAAAGAAUUUCUAUAUUUUUGUAUUUUCAACAUGCCGUACGAGUGCAAAUAAAAAUUGUCACAGAUGCCUUUUUGACAAUACGCUUCUCAAGAAUUUUCAAAUGUCUUGUGCAACACUCGAGCUAAAGAAAUCCGAAAACAGCUGAUCUUAUAACUCCCGCUCUCUCAUGCUACAAUAUGAUAACAUCCAGAGCGCUACCUCGGCUUCCUCUUCGCCAAUGUUGCAACCGUUUCAGCUCAUCGCUUUCCAACUUUCUAAAUCCCGCGCUCUUGACUGAUCCGAGCCUCCAACAGAAAGUGAUAAGCAACUUCCAGGCUCUUCCUCGGAUUCGUCUCAACCGUGAAUCGCCCUCGAAAUAUGCUGCCGUCCUGGUCGCGCUCUGUCUGGUGGACGGCAAGGUUAGCUUCCUCUACACACAGCGGUCGAUCAAGCUGAGCCACUUCCGUGGGCAGGUGUCCUUUCCAGGUGGCAUCCGGGACCCGACGGACGCCAGCUUCGAAGCGUGCGCCAUUCGAGAAACCGAGGAAGAAGUCGGUAUACCACGCGACCGGAUUCAGGUGUGGGGCUGCGGCAACGAGCUGGUGCCAAACUUUGGACCCGCCAUAACGCCGGUGGUGGGCACAAUCCGUGACUACGGGCCUACCCUGCUGAAACCGAACCCGAGCGAGGUGCAAAAAGUGUUUACGGUACCGGUGGAAACAUUUGUGACGGAGGGAAAUCGACGGCAUACGCAGUUUCGGACGCUAUACACCGUUCCGGUUUACUUGGGUGGAGAGGAAAUCGUCUGGGGUAUGACCGGGAUUAUUACGCAUUUGUUCCUGACGGCGUUGCUGCCGAAAAACGUGUACGCGAGGCGUUUGCCGUUUUUGAAGCAAUACAAAAGGUGAUGCUUGAUGAACUAUGCUACCAAAUGAGUCGGAAGUGAUCAGAAAUGAUAAUUUAUUGUUUGUGUUAUAAAAUAAAGGUUUUUGUUGCAUUUCUUGGAUUAAAUUGA